AUGCGUCGGGAUCAGACCUGCCAUCGAACUCAGAAACUAUCAUUCAUCGAAAUUCUCCAUUCUCUUGAUUUUCACCCUUUCGUCUCUUCGCCAUUUUGUCAAGCACUUCAUCUGCAACAACUUUCUCCAGUUGAAUUUCACCAUUUUCGCCAGAUGCCGCCGCCAACUUAUUUCCCUCUCCGGUGGGAGAGCACCGGAGACCAGUGGUGGUACGCUUCCCCAAUCGAUUGGGCCGCCGCGAACGGCCACUACGACUUAGUCCGUGAGCUUCUCCGCCUCGACAGCAACCACCUAAUCAAACUAUCAUCUCUCCGGCGAAUCCGCCGCCUCGAGGUCGUCUGGGACGACGAAGAACAGUUCGACGACGUUGCUAAAAACCGUUCUUUUGUCGCCCAAAAACUCUUACACGAAGGCGACGCCAAAAGGGGGAAAAACUCGCUCAUUGGGUCCGGUUAUGGAGGGUGGCUUCUGUACACCGCCGCCUCCGCCGGUGAAUUCCCGUUUGUUCAAGAAUUAUUGCAUAAAGAUCCUCUUUUGGUGUUUGGAGAAGGGGAGUAUGGGGUGACUGAUGUGUUAUAUGCUGCUGCGAGAGGUAAGAAUGCGGAGGUUUUUAGGCUGAUUUAUGAUUUUGCGAUGUCUCCGAGGUUUAUGGCCAUGGGUAGGGAUUUGGAGGGAAAUAUUGGGGGAAUUCCGGCGGCUUAUAAGGAGGAGAUGAAGAAUCGAGCUGUUCAUGCGGUGGCUAGAGGUGGUAAUUUGAAUAUUUUAAUGGAGCUUCUUGGUGAUAGUGAUGAUAAUCAGGUUUUGAGUUAUAGAGAUAUUCAGGGGUCGACUAUCUUGCAUACAGCAGCUGGAAGAGGUCAAGUUGAGGUGGUGAAAUAUCUCGUCUCCACAUAUGAAAUGGUUAACUCCACAGACAAACAAGGCAAUACACCUCUCCACAUAGCCGCUUCCCGUGGUCAAAUAUCAGUAGUUGACUUUUUAGUCAAAUCCUCUCCAUCUUCCAUACAUUCAAAAAACAAUUCCGGCGAGACAUUCCUCCACGCGGCGGUGACCGGAUUCCAAACUCCAACAUUCCGGCGACUCGACCGCCAGAUUGUUCUCAUGAAACAAUUAGUUUCCUCAAAAGCCUUCAACAUUGAAGAAAUCAUAAAUAAUACAGAUAACGAAGGAAGAACCGCUCUUCAUUUAGCAAUCCAUGGCAACAUCGAUGUCAAUCUGGUGGAAUUACUCAUGACGGUUGGAAUGAUUAAUGUCAAUAAACGGGACAAUCACGGAUUGACACCUCUCGAUCUUUUAAAACAACGGCCCGUGUCCCCGUCAUCGGAAUCGCUAAAACGACACCUCAUUUCCGCCGGAGCAAUUCUCGGGAAUCAUGAUUACACCGCUAGGAAGAUUCUCGCUUCCCAUUUGAGAAAAGGAAGUGCCGGUGGUAGCCCCGGAAUGGCGUUCACCGUUUCCGAUUCUGAAAUCUUCUUGCUUUCCGGUACUGAGAGUGUGGCCACGCCGGUGUUGACCGAACCAAGUUCGGAAUCGAAGAUUCCGAACAUUGUCAACGUUCCAAGCAAGAAGAAACACAAAGGAAUAAAGAGAUUCCUUCGGUGGACGAAACCGAGAAAAACCGAAGAGAAACCGGAAUUGGAAUUACCGAUUCCACUCCGGCAACGGUACUGUAAACCCGUGACGGUGUUGGUGUCGCCGCCGAACAACAAGCGGACGCUUGCGGCUCGGAGUAAUCUUCCGAGUCCGACCGCGAAGAAGAAGCUUGCUUCGGGAUUGGUGAAUGGAGUUAUGCAAGCGAUGCCGAAUGUGAACCGGAGAUCACGGUCUAAUUCUUUCUCGAGGUCGUCGGCAUCUUCUCAUGCUUCACACACCGGAAUCGGAUUCGGAAGCGGAAGCGGAAUUGAGUUUCCGGGCGGGUCAUGCUCGAAUCAGAUGUUUGAUGAUGGGAUUGUGAGUAAAGAACACGGGGUUGUGAAUAGGAGGUCGUCGGUGAAUCAGUACUUUUGUUUUGGUGCACCAAACUUACCGAUGGAAACGGGUGCUUCGGAACAAGAGAAGGAGGAUGAGAUUUAUGAUCGUUAUGUUUUAUCUACUGCUUAAGAGAAUUACGAGGUUAAAUAAAAAAUGUAAAAGUCUUUAACAUUAUGGUUGUUUGUUAGUGGUAAAUUAUGUAUGUUUAGCUUCGAAUAUGUCAAACUUUGUUUAAAGUUCAAAUGUGAUAUUAUUUAUAAGGAA